UAUAAUGUUUUUAUAUUUUUAAUAUUUUUAUACUUGCAACAUUUUUUGAUAACUUUAUUACAAAUAAUAAUGUUUAAUUUAUUCAGCUUGUAAUUACUAUGCAGUUGACAUUUGAUAAAAUGACACACCUGUUAUUAUUUUCCCCGCCAAAAGUUUAGAUGCUACAAGUUUAAGGUUACGAAGAAAUGGCGCAACGUUCUAUAACGUCAUUUUUUAAGAAAGCUUCUGUUUCGGAGCAGUCCAAUGGUGAUGUCAGCAACCAUGAAAAGAAAGGAGCAGCGAGUUCUUUGGCUGAUACUAAAAGGAAACGGAUGAAUGAGAGUGCCAGUGACAGUGCAGAAUCACCGCCUUUGAAGAAAAGUAUUUCAUUUAAGAAAGAGAAAAGUCAGUCGAAAAUGCCAAAAAUUUCUCCACGAGGAUCUGGCACAAAGAAAAAUAAAGAUGAAGUUAAUCAAAAUAAAUUAUCAUUUGUAAAACAAUCAUCAAGUCUUAGUAGCUCACCAGAAAAAUCAUCUCCAGAGACUAAUGGAGUUAUAGAAAAAAAGAAGAAGAAGAAACGUGCACGGAUUGUCUGUGAAGAUUCAAGUGAUGAUGACGGGCAUCUACCAUUGCCUGACAGUCCACAAAAAUCAACUGAAUCUCUAAAAUCUCAAAAUUCGCAAAAAGAAUCAGAAAAAUCAAAUGAAAACAAGUCAGAUGAAGAGACUAAAAAGUCGCCUGCUACACCUAAAAAGCUUGUGAAAAACGUAUCUCCAGAAUUGAAAAAAUCAAAAUCAAGAUUGUCUGAUGAAGAUUCAGAAAAUGAAGAAACAGAUAUAGCGAAUGACCAAACUCCUACAAAAAAUAUUCAUUCAUUUUUUGCAUCGAAGUCUUCGAAAAGUUCUGAUAAUUCAAAAAAAGAAAAAAAUGUAAAAGAUGUAGACCCUAAGAAAAAAUCUAUGGAUUCUUAUAAUCCAGAUGAUGAAAAAUAUCAUCCAAUACUCGAUGCAUGCUGGAAAAAAGGUCAGAAGACUCCAUAUAUUGCAUUAACCAGAACUUUAGAAAUAAUUGAACAAACUAGCUCCAGGUUAAAAAUAAUAGAAAUUCUAUCAAAUUAUCUUCGAUCAGUAAUUAUCUUAACACCAGAGGAUCUUUUAGCUAGCAUUUAUUUAUGUCUGAAUCAAUUAGCACCAGCAUAUGAAGGAAUUGAGUUAGGAAUAGCAGAUACAACAUUAAUAAAAGCUAUAGCUCAGUGUACCGGAAGAACACCAUCACAAAUAAAAGCUGAUGCUCAAGAAGUUGGUGAUCUUGGAAUCGUAGCAGAAAAUAGUCGAUCGAAUCAACGAGUAAUGUUUCAACCAGCUCCAUUAACUGUAGGGAAUGUUUACACAAAAUUAAAAGAAAUUGCAUUGAUGACGGGACAAUCAUCGAUGAUGAAAAAGGUUGAUAGAAUUCAAUCUUUAUUUGUAGCAUGUAGAUACACAGAAGCAAGAUAUUUAAUUAGAUCUCUUGCUGGAAAACUUAGAAUUGGUCUUGCAGAACAAUCAGUGCUGCAAGCACUUGCUCUGGCUUGUACUAUGACGCCUCCAAAUCAAGAAUAUCCUCCAGAAAUUGUAAAUGCUAGCAAAAACAAAUCCAGCGAUAAAUUUAAGACAGAAUACGAUGAAAUUGCUUUAAUUAUUAAAACGACCUACUGCGAGUGUCCAAACUACGGUAUGAUAAUUCCAGUAAUUUUAAAAUAUGGAGUUCGUGCUCUUCCAGAAAAAUGCAAGCUCACUCCAGGCAUUCCAUUGAAACCUAUGCUUGCUCAUCCAACUAAAGGAGUUCAAGAAGUAUUAAAACGAUUCGAAGGAUUGAAAUUUACAUGUGAAUGGAAGUACGAUGGUGAAAGAGCUCAAAUACAUGUUAGUGAUGACGGAAAAGCUCACAUAUACAGCAGAAAUCAAGAAAAUAAUACCAGUAAAUAUCCUGAUAUUAUUGGAAGAUUAAAAAAUACUUUAGGGGAAACUGUUAAAAGCUGUAUACUCGAUUGUGAAGCUGUUGCUUGGGAUCGGGAAAACAAACAAAUUCUUCCAUUCCAAAUUUUAAGUACUCGAAAACGUAAAGAUGCUUCUGAAGCUGAUAUCAAAGUACAAGUUUGUGUAUUUAUGUUUGAUUUGUUGUAUUAUAAUGGAGAACCUUUAGUAAAGAAACCAUUUAUUGAAAGAAGAAAAUUGUUAAGAGAAAAUUUUAAAGAAGUCGAAGGAGAAUGGCUUUAUGCCACUAGUCUUGAUACUACAACCAUGGAAGAAGUUGAAGAAUUCUUGGAUGUAUCUGUCAAAGGUAAUUGUGAAGGAUUAAUGGUAAAAACUCUGGAGGAAGAUGCAACAUACGAAAUUGCUAAACGAUCUCGCAACUGGUUAAAAUUGAAAAAAGAUUAUCUUGAAGGAAUUGGAGACACUUUAGAUAUUGUUGUAAUUGGUGGUUAUAUAGGAAAAGGAAAGAGAACUGGAACUUACGGAGGAUUUCUUUUGGCUUGUUAUGAUCCUGAUAAUGAAGAAUAUCAAAGUGUUUGUAAGCUCGGAACUGGAUUCAGUGAAGAAGAUCUUCAAAAGCAUACAAAUUUCUUCAAAGAUCAUUUGAUACCUAAACCAAAGUCGUAUUAUCGAUACGACACUUCGCAUGAACCUGAUCAUUGGUUUGAUGCAGUUCAAGUGUGGGAAGUCAAGUGUGCUGAUUUAUCCUUAUCUCCAGCUCAUAGAGCUGCUGCAGGAAUAGUUGAUCCAAUCAAAGGAAUUUCAUUAAGAUUUCCGCGUUUUAUUAAAAUUCGUGAGGAUAAAAAAGCCGAAGACGCAACAUCGGCACAACAAAUUGCAAAUAUGUACAACAGCCAAGAACAGAUUUUAAAUCAAAAAUCAUGCAAUACAUUAACAGAGGAAGAUUUUUAUUAAUUUUACAAGUGUAGAAUGCAUUAGGAUAAACAUAUUUUUUUAAAUUGAAUGAACAUUGCCUAGCGGUGAGUUAUAAAAUUAAAUUAUUGAACUUGAACGCCACCUUGAAAUGUUAUUUGAAAAUAUAAUUUUGUGUGAAUUGUCAGUGAUGAUUACAUACACAUAUAAAUACCGUUUUUUACCUGACGUGUAUUUUUGAAGUGUCCAUACAAAUACAAUUGAAUAUUUAUUAGUAUAAGUUA